AUCGGUUGUUGUUUUGACAGGCUCACUAUUCCACCGGUAGAGUCAGCGCUUCGUUCACAUCCACAGCCAUGGCGCCUGAGACGACCCACGAAGCAGCUGCCAUUGAUGACGACGUGGUACGGUACCGGUAUGUCAAGAAGAAAGGUUACAUCCGGCUGCACACUAACAAAGGAGACCUCAACCUGGAGCUUCACUGCGACAUGACCCCUAAAACCUGCGAAAACUUCAUUAAACUCUGCAAGAAGAACUACUACGACGGGACCAUAUUUCACCGAUCGAUUCGUAAUUUCAUGGUGAGUAUCAAAACCAAGAGGCCAAAGGUGAACAGAGUUGGAAGGGACCUCGUAGGUCAUCUAGUGCUCGCUAAGAAAGGAUUUUUAGAAAUGACCAUCUGA